CACUUGUAUUUUUCUUUGAGGAGGGAGGGGUGAGCCAACCGGGGUGGGCAGUGUGAGUGUUUCUUUAAUGUAUUCAUAAGUGGGCGUGGUCGAUCCAGGACGAGGGGCGGGGUUAUGUAAAUGACCAAAGUGUAUGUUUCUGUCAGUCUUCAAACUCAGAAACCCAACAGGCUACAAUACACGCAUGCACGCAAACACACACACACACACACACACACACACACACACACACACACACACACACACACACACAGUGUUGGAGAAGAGUUAACUACUUCACACACAAACGGUUCGCUGAAGAGGAGCUAAUCACUACACACACACACACACACACACACACACACACACACAUAUGGACAGGCGGGAGAGACGAGCUAACUGGUACGCACAAAUACACUGGAGCGCGUGUAGCCGGAUUUAGUGGACUCGCACUACCAAUGCUAUUGGAUGCCAAAAGAGAAGCCCCUCCCAGAAGAAGAUGAUCAAGAUGUCUGUGGAGAAGGAAGUAAUGGCGCUGCAGGUGCCUGUCCUUCAGUCAGAGCAGCUCAGAUCCCCCAAGACUCAUCCACUCCAUCCCAAAAAUGGUAUCCAGUCCUCCCACAAUCCCCCUGCCCCAACCUCGUCUCAGCGAAUGGGAAAAAGGCGGUACUCCCUGGGCGUCGGCUUCAAGGGACUGGCUAAGCGAAGGAGGCGGGCCAACAGCGACAGCCAAUCAGAACCUGUUCUACCCAGCAACUUCCUGCUUGGUGGGAACAUCUUCGACCCGCUGAAUCUCAACUCCCUUCUGGAUGAGGAAGUUAACAGGUCGACCAAUCAGGCGACGCCAAAGUGUUCGCCCUUGCCGUCGCGGGGCGGUGACCCUGUAGAGAUCCUGGUCCCCCGUGACAUCACCGACCCCCUGAACCUAGAGGGGGCGGGAGGGGUCCUGCUGUCACCCCUGAAGACCAGGAAAAGACCCAGGAACCGCCAUCACGCCAUCACUGUGGAAACACGGUCCUUACCCCCAACAGUACCGCCGGUCACAAGAGGGGUCAGUGUUCCCCCGUCUCCGCUCCCCUGUGAGCUCAACACGUCCAUCAACUGUCGUGACGACGUGGUCCCGCCCCUUACCCUACCCCGGAGACACACCCACCCUCCACUCAGCCAGCCUCGCAAGGCCCGUAACCAUGGUGACGGCCCCCGUAACCAGGGAGACCGUCAUCGGAGGCGCCGCCGUACCACCUCUGUGAGGUCAUCGGAAAGCGUCACAGCUGUCAGCGUCGCCCAACCAACCAGGUUCCAGACCCCUUUAGUGGGCGGGGCCAAACCCAGCAGAUGUGGAGGAGUUCCUGGAACAGAGUGCCCGCCACAGAAGAAGACAAAGGACAGGCAUCGCUAUCAGCAUGGCGGCCACAGCCGUUACUAUGGUUACCAUGGGUUCUACGGGGACCAAUGGGAGGGCAGGGUCGGAGCGGGGCCGGACCCUCGUCUCAGGCUUCUGAAACCUGAUUGGUUUAAAGAGAGGCGGGUCCUGGACAUUGGCUGUGGAAGCGGUCACGUGACUCUGACCAUCGCUCGGCACUUUGGGCCCACACACAUCCUGGGACUCGAUCGCGACCAGCGAUUGGUCGACGCUGCGACCCACAACAUCAGACACUUCUUGUCACAUGACCUGGUGCUCGCAGAGAGACACCAAGGCCAUGCUGGGCAAGUGGAGGGGAGAGGAGAAGGGGAGACGUCCUUCCCUCUCUCCUUCAGGGUGUCUCGUGGACCUCUGGCCGCACCUUUCCUCCUCCCCACCCUCGACGCAGGGUUCCCUAGCAACGUCACCUUCAUCACGGGCGACUACGUGUGCCGCCAGGCGUCGUGGCCCGGGCGCGGCACGUACGACGUCAUCCUGUGUCUGGGCGUGACCAAGUGGGUGCAGCUCCAAUCAGGGGACGCGGGCGUGGUGCGUCUGUUCAAACGGGCCUAUCAGAGCCUGGCGCCGGGCGGAAUGUUCAUCCUGGAAUCCCAGCCGUGGAGCAGCUACAGCCACAGCAAGAAGGCCUCGGAAACGACCUAUCAGAACUACAGAACACUGAGGCUCCGCCCAGAAGACUACAGCUGUCACCUGACACAGACAACUGGCUUCACUUCCUACCGCCUGCUCACAGAAUCUGGUGAUCAGAGACCACUGUACGUUUUCCACAAAGGCCCCUCCCAGAGGAAGUAACUCAGGAAGAGGAACCUUCACGGGAAGGGAUACAGGAAGAGGAACCUACCAUGGUUUCCAUGGGGAUGACUGGAGGAUUGAAAGACAAACCUGUUGCCACACACGCACACACACACACACAGCUGGGAGAUCGGACAGCUGAUUGUCAAAUUAAAUAAACUCAAAUAAAGUGUGACUGAAAGGCCUUCUGGGUAAGGAGAGAUGUCAGCAGGUACGACUGAUUCAUAUAUCUAUUGAUGACAUCAACUCCUCCAGAGCUGCCUCAAUUGCUCCUGGUUUUAAUAAACUACUGAUGACA